UUGUUGUGCGUGUGUGUGAUUUUUUUUUGUUCGUGUGUUCUGCUGCUUGCACGCCUCCAAUCGUUCUGAUUGACCGUUCCGGGGACCUAGCGAUACUGAAGAUGUGCGUGGGCAGAGCAAAGUGGCAACAUUUAGUCAUUUAGUUGGUGGUUGGUCCGCGUCCGCUCGCUAUGAUUUCGGUUGGCUCUGCUACGAUUGCUACGAUUGUUUCUUGAUAGGGUGGCCAUGUGUUGUUGUCGUGACGAUAUGUGCGAUUGCUCAUCACGAUUAUUCAGUUGGUUCGAUAGUCUCCAUGCGCCGCGAAUGCGUGUGAUAAAUGUUUGUAUGUGUAUGUGUGUGUGGCCCCCGGUGGAACCAAAUCGCCUUUUGCCACCGUUGGUCGCGGACCGCUGGACAGUGACGGAAUAGGCGGACGUGUUGGAUUAAAAAAAAAGUUACCACGAAACGAAUCGAACGUAAAUGGAAGGCAAUUGAACGUGCAAAGUGAUACGGACGAUAAUCUAGCGGAAUUGGGGAGAGGAUGAACCGUGGAAAGGAAACGUUGUUGCAAAAAAUACGCCACGGUCAUUGGAUGGAUGCAACAAUUUGGUAUGAUACAUUCGCGACGCAGCGACCUUGUCGUUAAAACACUUCCCUCAGCUUCAUCCGUUCGAACCGGCUGCUGGUGGUGGUGGUGGAGCGACCGACGCAGAAGACGAAGCAGAAGCCGAACUAAGCGCCAGAAUGGAGCUUUCGCACAGCCUCACGUUGAACGAGGCCGCCCUCAACCAGCUGCCCGAGCAGAAACGACCCGUGUUUAUCUUUGAAUGGUUGCGCUUCCUCGACAAGGUGCUGGUGGCGGCCCAAAAGUCCGACAUCAAGGGCUGCCAGAAGAAGCUGGUGGAACAGCUCACGCAACACAUCCAGGGCGCACCGGGCCCUCCGACGCGCAAGCUAAUCGCCCGCUGCCUAGCGACCCUGUUCUCCGUCGGCGAUACGUUUCUGCUGUUCGAAACGGUAAACAAGUGCAAUGACAUACUGAAGAACAAGGACGAUUCGCCCAGCUAUCUGCCGACCCGGCUGGCCGCGAUCUGCGUGGUCGGUUGCAUGUACGAAAAGCUUGGCCGCAUGAUGGGCCGCUCGUACGAGGAGACGGUACAGAUAUUGCUGAAAUCGCUCAAGAAUGCCGAAUCGCAGUCGCGCAUCGAAAUCAUGAUGACGCUCGAGAAGGUGUGCGCCGGCAUGGGUUCGGCCAUCGCGAACGUGCACAAGGACAUCUACAAAGCGGUACGGUACUGUCUCACCGAUCGCGUGAUGGCGGUCCGGGUGGCCGCCUCCAACUGUCUGCUCGAGAUGACCAAGCACGCCCCGUUUCUGUACACGUCCGAGCUGGAAAGUUUGGCUUCGCUGUGCUUCCGCGCGUUCGACAGCUGCAACUAUGAGGUGCGGUGUGCGGUGGCCAAGCUGCUCGGUACGCUCAUAGCGUGCACCCAGAACGGGAGCUUGCGCAACUUUAGCAGCAUGACGGCGUCUGCCUCGAGCACGAAAUCGCUCCGCCCGGUGUCGCUCGACGAAGCGCUCGGCGUGCUAAUGUCGGGCUUUCUGCGGGGCGGUGUAUCGUUCCUGAAGGGGACGGGUGAAAUCAUCAAGGGCAGCUCGGGUGUGAACCGUGAGGUGCGGGUCGGUGUCACCCAUGCGUACGUGGUGUUUGUGCAGACGAUGGGCGGCCUGUGGUUGGAACGGAACCUGCAACCGUUCCUUGUGCACGUGCUGGAUUUGGUGGCGAAUCCGAAGGCGGCCUCGUCCCACGUGGAUGCGGUGUACUCGCGCAAAUGCAUCAACUUCAUACUGCGCUCCGUUAUUGGGAAGAUGCUCGGCGAGAAGGCACAGUCGUCGGCGUGCAAGGAGCUGAUCCAUCUGAUCGCCAAGCAGAUGAACUCGAUCGACUUUAAUCCGGAAAAUGCCAAGGACUCGAACCAGGAGACACUGUUCAGCCAGCAUCUGCUCGUCUGCGCGCUACAGGAGCUGGGCAGUUUGGUGCUGCUGCUUGGCACCACGGCCCAGAACUUGCUCGCCGACCAGUCGCUUAACUUUAUCGACGCCAUCUGUGCCGUGCUGAUCCAUCCGUGUAUGGCCGCCCGGCUCGCAGCCGCUUGGUGUUUGCGGUGCGUUUGCGUUGCGGUGCCAAGCCAGAUCACGCCGCUCAUCGAUCGGUUUAUUGAGGCGAUCGAAAAGAUGCGCACCUCGCCGGAUGCGAUCUCCGGGUACAGUGGGGCACUGGCGGCAGUGCUGGGCGGGGUGCGCUACUCGCCCCUGGGCAUACCGCACACGCGGGGCAAAAUCAUUUUCAACACUGCGGAAGAACUGCUGCGCACCGCUAGUCAAAACAGUCGCCUGUCGCUGAACCGAACGCAGGCCGGAUGGUUGCUGAUUGGAGCCAUCAUGACGCUGGGUGUGCCGGUGGUGAAAGGUCUGCUGCCGCGCAUGUUGCUGCUGUGGCGCAAUGCUUUCCCGCGAUCGACGAAGGAGCUGGAGUCGGAAAAGGCGCGCGGUGACGCAUUCACCUGGCAGGUUACGCUAGAGGGCCGUGCCGGAGCGCUAUCCGUGAUGCACAGCUUCCUGCUGCACUGUCCCGAGCUCGUUACGGACGAUAUUACGCGCCGGCUGCUAACGCCCAUCGAAAGCGCGCUAGCAAUGCUGAUCAACAUAACAUCGGUGCUGAAAAACUAUGGCCAACACUUGAAAGCACCGACCGCAAUGGUGCGAUUGCGACUGUACGAAACCCUCUCGCUGCUGCCGGCAAACGCACUGGAAUCGUCGUACACCCAUCUGCUCCGCAUGCUGGUGUCGGAAUUUACCCUCACGGAAAACCCGGCCAACACGACCACCUCCUUCCUGCGCCAGAUGUGCCACGGCGAUGAUUCCAUCAUACUGGGCACCUGGCUACAGGACACCGAUCAUCGCACGAUCGAAGAUCAGAUGGAACCGAACCGUAAGGCUGACGGUGACUAUCUUCAACCGAACAGUGCCGCAGGAUCGGGCGCACUCGAGCACGAUGCCUGCUGUCUGUACCGUGGGAUCGCCGCCGGUGAGCAGUGUCCCGGCCCGUUACCGCUCGGCGUUGCCGUGAUCGACAUGUCCGUCAUACUGUUCGGGCUCAUCUUUCCGAAGGUCGCCAACAAGCACCGGUUGCAGAUGCUGGAACACUUUGGCGAGUGUAUCAAGCACGCGAAAAGCUCGCGCCAGGAAGCGGUCCAGAUGAACAUUUUCACCGCACUGCUGAGCGGGCUGAAGGGAUUGACCGAAACGAAGGCAGCGAUCGGGCAGGAGGACGUGCGCAAGAGUGCGACGAAUUUGAUCAUUGGCGCGCUCACGAGCGCCAACCCGAUACUGCGCUGUGCGGCUGGUGAAGCGCUAGGACGUAUCGCGCAGGUGGUGGGUGAUUCGCGUGUCACGGCCGAACUGGCGCAGACCAGCUUCGAUCGGCUGAAGUCGGCCCGGGAUGUGGUGACGCGUACGGGACAUUCGUUAGCGCUCGGUUGCUUGCACCGGUACGUCGGUGGCAUGGGUUCGUCGCAGCAUCUGAACACGAGCGUGUCGAUUUUGCUGGCCCUGGCACAGGAUGGCAGUUCGCCGGUGGUGCAAGUGUGGUCACUGUACGCCCUAUCGCUGAUAGCAGACUCCGGUGGUCCGAUGUUCCGCGGAUACGUUGAACCGUCGCUUUCGCUCGCGCUGAAGCUGCUGCUGACGGUGCCGCAGUCGCACGUCGACGUGCACCAGUGCAUUGGGCGCGUACUGAGCGCAUUGAUUACCACGAUCGGGCCCGAAUUGCAGAUGGAUUCGAAUUCCGUUGCCACCGCACGUUCUUCGUUCCUGUGUGCGGCGGCGAUCAUGCAAGCACAUUCCGACCCGCUGGUGCAAGCGGAAGCGACGGGAUGCUUGCAGCAGCUGCACCUGUUCGCUCCGCGCAACGUCAACCUGUCCUCGCUUGUUCCUAACCUGUGCCAGAACCUGAGCAGCAACUAUCUAAUGCUGCGCAAGGCGGCGGUGUCCUGUUUGCGGCAGCUCACGACGCGCGAAGCAAAGGAAGUGUGCGAGCACGCGGCCAAUCUCGUAAGCGACGAGGAUCGCUACGCACUGUCGGAUUACGGGUUGCCCGGCGUGCUGUUCGGGAUGCUUGACACGGAGAGCGACAGCCAGAUGGUGCGAAACAUUCACGAUACGAUCACCUCGAUGCUGCAGAUACUGGCGGCGGAGAAUUUAUCCCAGUGGUUGAGCAUGUGCAAGAACGUGCUUACCGUCGCGUCGGACGCGUCUGUCGGUGCGGACGGUGGAGCUGCCGUUGGGACGACUGGUGCGGCAGGUGGUGCAGGCACAGGAACGGGCGCGGGAAGUGGGGCGGGAGCCACCGCAGGAAAGGAUGGCACUGCCGAUGGGGGCGACGGGGACGAUGGCGAUGAUGACGACGAUGACGACGACGACAAUAUGGAGUUCCACGCGGAAGAUCAUCAAGCGACCCAUCCGGCGGUACAACCGCGCUGGCCGACGCGCGUAUUUGCGGCCGAAUGCGUGCGCAAGGUAAUUGCCACGUGCGAAAAUGCCAGCGCGAACCACUUCGAUCUGCUGGCCGCAAAGGAGAUGCAGAUGACGAAAUCGCGCGGCGACUUCCUGGUGCUGCAUCUGUCCGACCUGAUCCGGAUGGCGUUUAUGGCCGCGACGAGUGAUUCGGACCAGCUGCGGCUCGAGGGCCUCAAAACGUUGCAGGAAAUUAUAGACAAGUUCGCGCACGUACCGGAACCCGAGUUCCCCGGCCAUUUGCUGCUCGAGCAGUUUCAGGCGCAGGUCGGUGCGGCGCUAAGGCCCGCCUUUUCCCAGGACACUCCGUCGCACGUGACGGCAGCGGCGUGUGAGGUUUGCAGCGCGUGGAUCGGGUCCGGGGUGGCGCGUGAUUUGAACGAUCUGCGCCGCGUCCAUCAGCUGCUCGUGUCGAACCUGAGCAAGCUGAACAGCCGCACGAACAGUACCCAGCUGUACAACGAAAGCAUGGCCACGCUGGAGAAGCUGAGCAUCCUGAAGGCUUGGGGCCAGGUGUACAUUAUGGCGAUGGUUGGCCACGGGGCCGCUCCCGCUAGUCAGAUGCUGAAAACGCUCAGUACCGUCGGGGUGGGCAAUCAUUCCUCUCAUCUGGCCGUUCCGGCCGCGGCACAACCGAAAGAAUUCAGCCGGCUAGCGUACGACGAUGAGUUUGGCGAUUUCGAAAGCCGUGGCGAAAGUUUGCUGUCGCUAGUGCAGCCGGAACUGGAAAAUCUGUCCAAGCACUGGUUGGCGGCGUUGAAGGAUUACGCGCUGCUGUCCCUGCCGGCGGAGUACGCGAGUCAGCUACCGCACGAUGGUGGCGCAUUCUACACGAACGACACGAUGAACCUAUCGAAACCGCACUACCUUAUCUCGUGGCCACCGAUUCUGUAUGCGGCCGCGCUUUGGCUCAAUGCGGAAGGGUUCCAGAAGGAUGAAAACCACCAGCAACAGCUGUCCCGUGAGCAGGAGGAAGAUAAGGCAAAUGCGAACGAUGCGCCCAACACGACGGCACCCAAGGGACAGACGGCAACGACGACGACGACGACGAUAUCGCACGGUAGCCCAAGUGCGGAUCGGUUCCAUCUCAUCUUUGGCAUCUGUAUGGAGGCGCUGUGCAGUACGCGGACGAACGAAAAGCUGGACAGUGUUAUCGCCUGCCUGCAGUCGCUGUACACCGUGUUCGAUUCGGCCUGGUCGCGCGAGAUGCUGAUGCAGAACAAAACGCUCCCGGUGGAGCUGUGCAACGUGCUGCACCGGUUGAUACUGACCCGGGACAGUGUGGAGGUGCAGUAUUUGUGUAUUUCCAUUCUGAAGCAAACGAUAGCGGCCGCCAACGAGUGUUUGGAGCGAGAGAAGGAAGAGGAACGGCGUAACAAGCGGAACGCUUCCGGUGCAGAUGAUGCAAACGCGGCCGAGAAUGGGAAUAGCGUGACGGAUCCUCACACCCUGGACGUGGCAGUGGACUAUCUGGGGGAGGGUGGCGAAGAGGGUGAAAUUCUCCCGGGCAAGUCGCUGGUGUACGCAGUGCUGGAGGUGGUGCUUUGCCUGCUCGCUCGCCAGAUUCCCGGCAUGAACCCGUCGCAGAGCACGCGCGUAGCGAACGAGCAGCUGCAGCGUCAGCUGGCCCAGGCACAAAACGGACUGAUAAAGCUGGGCGACGAUAACUGUUUGCUGGUGGCAAGUGCAAUCCAAAGCUUAACCGACCUCCCGACACUGUGCUCGCCGCGCGGUGCCCUCUCUAUCCUGCCGACCGUGCUGUACCUCACCACGGGCGUCAUAAAGGAGGUGGCGACCAAAUCCAUUCACGACGAGUCGUUGAUUGCGAGCACGAACGUCGUGGUGCAGGCGGCCAUACAGCUGCUGAAAGUGCUCGCCACCCAUCGGUACGCCAAGCACGACGAUGCACAGUCCGGUGGCGAAUGGCGCAAGCUGCUGCAGAGCGCACUCGGUCGCAUAAUCGAUCUCACCAAGACGGGCUGCGAGGAAACGAAGAUGGACGAGGUGACGGUAAUGCUGGCGAUCGCCGUCUUCCUGCUACACUCACCGGCCGGCGUGGCGUCGGUGCCGAAUCUGCAGUACCCGUGCAUCAACCACUUUCGCCAAUGCGUCCAGAGUGCGUCGCUCCCGGUACGGCUCAAGUGCGUACAGACGAUGCGCUCGAUCUUUGCGAACGGUGAGCUGCGGGUGUCGACGCCCUACAUCCACGCGUUAGCGCCGAGGCUGAUCGAGCACCUCUACUCGGAGCAGGCGCGCAAUCCGGCCAACGAACAGGAGCUGGCGCUGGUGCUGGAAGGCAUUACGACGGUCGAAACGCUGAUUGCGCUGGCGGAACCACAGAAUCGAGAAUUGAUGCAAGGCAUACAGAUGCUAACCUUGCUCGUGCCCAUCCUCAUCAACUAUCUGGACGACCCGGAACAGCAGCCACAGCAGCGAACUACCAAACCGAAGUACGUGACCGCACUGAACGAUCACGCCAUACAGUGGCUCAUGAAGAUUGGCCUCAAGUACCCGCAAGAGUUCAAAACGUUCAUGGCGCAAGCGCCGGAACUGCGGCGCAAGCUGGAAGCGGCCAUCAAGCGCAGCCAGAUGAAUGCGACGCUGCAGAAGAGUAAGAGCGAGGCGGCAAAUGCGGCCGCACGGAACAGUGCCGCCCAGCAGCAGAAACCGACCAUCCAGCUGAAGACGGAUUUCAGUAAUUUUAGCUUCGCCUAGAACCGAUCGGUGUGUGUAGCCGCCACCCAGCAAUCAAUUAAUCGAUCAAAUUAGUGCUGACGUAGAGGAAGAGUAACGUGUAUGUGUGUGUGUGUGUGAUUACCUUUCCUUCACGUAGAAACCUCCUCCUAACCACUAGUAUAUUCUAAUUAUUUAUGCAAAUUAUAAAACAAACGUGUCCCCCCCCCCCGUGCUCUGUACUCGUGUAAGCUUCCUCUUACAGAGCAGCAAUUACAUCGCCAGUCCUAGCGCGUCCCUCUCCCCUAAUCUAACGUCAAUAAAAGUAACGGUCCCCAACAAUAAGCUAGACGAACGAACAAUGUGUUAAUACAUAAAUUGGAAUUAUUAGGCAAUAAAGGUCUUACAAAAACCCGGGGGAAUGUUGUUGCCCACACGUUGCCCCGUAGCGCGGUUAA